AUAACGUGUUUAUAAAAACAUCAGCUUCAGUUAUUAACGAGAAAUAACAGCACAUCGUGUAACGUUUAACGUGCGGACGGUUUUCGCUAAAGUAGCUAACGGCUAGCUGACCUGUGUAAACUGGCUUAAACUGGCUUAAACUGGUUUAAACCGGUUUAAUCCGGUGCGUUUGUAGUGAGAAGAGACAGAUAUUCAGUUCAGAGCAGUAAUAAUAGCGUUCAGAAUUUAAAGCCAUGAGACGUUCUGGACUCUUCAUCCGAGCAAAAGAGGAGGAGAAACGAUGGAUGGAGAGAAAGACAGAGAGACAGACAGCUGCAGCUCUGAGUGGACAGGAAGUGAGGGACUUUUAUCAGAGUCUGUGGAAGGAGGAAAAGAAGGAGGAGAGAGAGACACUGAGGAAGGAGGAGUCUAAGGAGGAGAGAGAGACACUGAGGAAGGAGGAGUCUAAGGAGGAGAGAGAGACACUGAGGAAGGACGAGAGGAGGGAGAGACACCGAGGAGGGAGAGCAGGAUGGAGUCAUAGAAAAGGAGCGGUGAAGAAUAGAGGAGGUGAUGUUGGGAACUCGAGCUCGGCGCCCUCCGCAGGCCAUACUGAGGGUUACAGGCUGCUGCGGUGUGCAGAGCAGGGCGACGUGCGGGGUGUGGAGGAGCUCCUGAGACGAGGCUGUGAUGUGAACUUCAGAGACCAGUUUAACUGGACCGCACUGAUGAGCGCCUCCUUCUCCGGGAGAACAGACACGGUCCGAGUCCUGCUCCAAAAGGGGGCGCUGUGGACACUGAUCACUGACACAAAGGGGAGAGAUGCUUGUGAUCUGGCUCGUCUUGCUGGUCAUCAUGAUGUCGUCACCAUCCUGCAGCAGUUCAGAAUCACACACAACUCCCACACUUCACACACUCCUGCUGACCAAACACAAAGCUCUGCUCCCACUCAGUGGUGCGAGGUGUGUGAGGUGUGUUACACAGACAGCACAGACACACACAUCUCUUCCACGCUGCACCAGUUCAACCUGAAGCGUCCUCCGUCACUCCCUAACUACUGUCUCGCUCCCUCCAGCGUGGGCUACAAGGUGAUGCUGCGUUUGGGAUGGGACCCUCACUCCGGCCUGGGACCAGAACACUCGGGACGCCGCGUCCCUGUUAGCACCGUGCUCAAACUCAAUACCAAAGGCCUUGGGUUCGGGCCCAAGCCCAGGUCAAAGGUCACACACUUCAAGGCCAAUGACGUGCAGGCUGUCGACAGGGCACGUAAAAGACGAGAGGAGAGACGGAAUCGAGCGGCGACAGUCAGCGCUAAGGACAGAAAGAGGACAGAGGACAGACAGAGACAGUGGGAGAGAGAUUUCCGCACCUCGUUCAACAUCGACCUCUGAUGCUGAUUUUCAUGCAUCAUCUUUUAUUUAUUGGUGUGAAAAAGGACAAAGUGUUUAAUUUAUAAUGUUUUAUUAAGUUACCUCACAAAGUUAAUUCUGUUCUCACAGUAACACUAACACCACUCAGUGUAGUGCCCUCAGCAUGGGACACGGUCUGGUGAAGGGACAGUGGGCGUGGCCAGAGGGCACUUAGGGCACUCUCACGCUGCACAAUUAAUCAUACAGCCUUCAAUAAUAAUUAAACCACAAGGAAAUAAAAAUAAAAACUACUUUGUUUUUAACCUCA